AUGACGCUACUGUUAAAUCUUCCUCCUGAGCUCUUCCAAAUGAUUCUGCUCCAGGCUGUACUCGUCCGCUCACCAACAAGAGCUUUAAGACUUAGGCUAGUAUGCAAGCAAUUCUCUCAGCAAGUUCAAUUUGUGCUUUUCCAACGGCAGCUAUUGGACGAGGGCCUUUUAGGGUCUAUGACGCGACUGGAAUGGAAUCAUUGUGAACGCGCCAAAUUCUGGCAUUCAUACUUCGUUCAGCGGACUUUAAACACCGAAAACCGUUCGCAUCUCAACUCUCAUGUGAUAAGCCGUAUGCGCAUGAUUGCGGAACGUAUCUGUGAGGAGACUGGCAUCGACCUCAAAACGACAAUUGAAGCUCUUUGUUGGCCAGCAAUGUACCAGGCACACCACUUCUCCGAUGCCAUUAGAGAAUCUGGACGAUUGUCAUACAACCUCGAGCGGGAUCUCUUGAGCGCUGCAGCGUACCUUAAUCUUGUUCCCGUGACGAGAAGGCUACUUCAAGCUGAUGAUUGCUUUGAAGACGGGAAUACAACCUUCUUUCCUUCACCUAUAAUUCUUGCCACGGUGGCAGGAAAUACACAUAUACUUGAACUUUUCCGAGAUUAUAUUCAUCAACACUCCCCUGAAUCGAAAGGAGUGGACAAUAGUGUUACCCGAAGAAUUUGGAAUCGAGGAAUGAUAGACAGCAUUGAACAACAAUUUAUCGAAGGUGCCGCAAUGCUAGACGAUACAAAAUUGUUGCGUUCAACUAUAUAUCCGACCAAUGGAACUCGCAUAACUGGGCCUAUGGAUCUGAGCACAUUCAAGGGGAUUCUUUGUGGUAAAGAUCGUGCACAUAGCGUUGAAGUAAACGAAUAUCUUGGGGACUUACUUGGAGAGAAGGCCAGUGUUCAUUCGAGUGCUUCUAUGCUGGGGAAACACGCUCGAAUAGGAAACAUUAAAAUGGUUCGAUUUCUCCUCGAUUCAGGCAUAGAUAUUCGUGGGAUUUCAUCCUGCGUACCAUUGGUUGAAGCUUGCCGUGGGGGACAAGAAAAAAUCGUAGAUCUCUUACUAGAGCGAGGUGCUGAACCAGAUUUUCCUCUCAAUAUCACAGCCUCCGAACUUAGAUCCUGGGAACAUAGGCUCGGUCAUGCGCCUAUUAGCUAUCAUAAGGAGACAUUUCAUAGUGCGAUGGGUAUGGCAGCUAAGGCGGGGAGUCUAUCCAUCGUUCAAAGGCUGAUCAAUCACGGUGCUCGUUUAAAUCAUCCGAUGAAAGGGGAUAUUGCAUUACGCUAUGCGGUCACAUACGAAUAUACGGAAAUAGUGCGAUUUCUUCUCGGAUCGGGUGUUAUAUCUUUAUACGCUAGACGAUGCAGUUUAAAAUAUGCAACCGAUAAAGGACUCGAGUCUAUGGUGGAGCUGCUGAAAUGUGAUCUUGCAGACUUUGAGGCUAAGAGAGUAGUCAAGGACUCGAAGACAUCCUGA